UGCAUGCAAAAAUCCCACAUGAUCAACCAGCAGCGCCUGUGCUCCGAGCUAGAUGUCUGCGCCUCCUCCGUGCAUCUACUCCUCGCGCACACCAGCUUCCAGAUCUCUCUUCUGACGCACACGCAUGUGUAUGUAUGUGCGUGUGUGUAUAUAUAUUAUAUAUAUAUAUAUAUAUAUACCGUGUAUAUAGCUAUGCAGCUGUCUGUUGCACACGCACAUGCACACAGACGCCCAGAGCACUAGGCUCCUAGAUUUUCCUAGGCUGCUGAUGUCGGAUUUACAGGCAGUGAAGGGACCAGCGUUGCAAAAGGGGGCGUGACAGUUUAAAUAUCCCCCCCCCAACAUUUUUUUUUCAAAACUGACUCCCCCCCCCCCGCCGCUGCAUUCAAGUGUAUUUGCUUGCUAGGGCGGAAUAUUUUUUUCUUCAGAGGGAAAAGCUGCCGGGCAAGACCAAGACGAAGGCUUGAUUUGUUUUCUGAUGUAGUCCUCUGAGGGGUGCUUGCUUUCCUCCCCCUUCCCUCGCUCCUUCAAACUGUUUCGUCCUUCGUCCCAAGUCGAUGGUUCAGGGAUGGACCCUGCUUUAUUCUAACACAGACACUUUGGGAAGCUGAGGGAGGAGAUUCCUGCGGCUCCAUCUCGUUCCCUGUGCAGAGGAGGCGGCUUGACACCAGCAUCACCAGAGGAGUUUGUGGGCUUUCAGUUUCCGCGCCUGCGGGGUUCGGCUGGUUUUACAGCCUCUCCUAAAACACCCUCAUUUCCAUCUGCUCGAGUCCCGCGCCGCAGUACUGCUUGGAUUGGCCGCUUUUUGUGCCUUUGCUGUGGCUCGGUCCGUGGUGCAUCCAGCGCCCAGGAACAGGAAGGACAAGAAAGCCACCCCACGAAGUCUCCUCCACCCGAGACGCUCUCUGCUGCAGAGCAGGCUCCCCAGCUCCAUCCGCGCGGCAGCCGGACUCCGCGGGGCUCGCUUGCUGCCCUUCUGCAGUGUGUGUGUGUGUGGGGGGGGGAGAGCCGCAAACUUUGUACUUGCUGCACGGAUUCGCCUCCCGCCCGGCCCAGCUGCCUGGACACAUCCCCAGGAGCCCGGGGGGGGAGGGCGCCAGGGGGAAGAUUUGUUGCUGCUGGUGCCCCUCCAUCCUCGCGCGCUUACCUGAACCGGUUGCAGCUGCCUCCAGAGCCGGAGGGCUGCGAAGGAAGGAAGGACCUUGAAUCCCCUCCCCGCAUGUGCCACCAGCCACCAAGUAACUUUGCAAGAGGCCGGAGAGCGGUGCCUUGAGAGGAGCCCCCAGCCUAGCGCUAGCAGCCUCCCGGCACCGGUGUAUGUCUCCUCGUGGGCUCCGCACUGGACUCCCGGCUGCCGCCGCCCGGCUCGGCUCCCACAUCCCCCUGCCGGGGUGACUAAGCUCCAGCGGCUCCUGAAGGGACCUAAGGAUCCUCCCCCCCCCGGCCACACCCUAUCGGGGGGGCGUCUUGCUGCGGCUUGUCAGUGCAGCCUCCGUGUGGCCCCCUCCCUGCCCUUUCUGUGACUUGACUGCCUGAGUGGACCCCCCCCGGUGGCGGUGUGGGCCGGGACUCAGUGAUGUUGCACGUGGAGAUGUUGACGCUGGUGUUUCUGGUGCUCUGGAUGUGUGUGUUCAGCCAGGAUCCCGGCUCCAAGGCGGUGGCCGAUCGCUAUGCCGUCUACUGGAACAGCACCAACCCCAGAUUCCAGAGGGGUGACUACCACAUUGAUGUCUGCAUCAAUGAUUAUUUGGAUGUGUUCUGCCCUCACUAUGAGGAUUCGGUGCCAGAAGAUAAGACUGAGCGCUACGUUCUUUACAUGGUGAACUUCGAUGGCUACAGCUCCUGCGAUCACACCUCCAAAGGAUUCAAGAGGUGGGAAUGUAAUCGGCCUCAUUCCCCGAAUGGACCAUUGAAGUUCUCAGAAAAAUUCCAGCUCUUCACUCCCUUCUCACUAGGAUUUGAGUUCAGGCCAGGCCGGGAAUAUUUCUACAUCUCUUCUGCAAUCCCAGAUAAUGGAAGGAGGUCCUGUCUAAAGCUUAAAGUCUUUGUGCGGCCAGCAAACAGCUGUAUGAAAACUAUAGGUGUUCAUGAUCGUGUUUUCGAUGUUAACGACAAAGUAGAAAAUUCAUUAGAACCAGCAGAUGAUACCGUACAUGAGUCAGCCGAGCCAUCCCGCGGUGAGAAUGCAGCACAGACACCGAGGAUAUCCAGCCGGCUUUUGGCAACCCUAUUGUUCCUCCUGGCGAUGCUUUUGACAUUAUAGCACAGUAUAUUCCAGUAACCUUCUCACAGAAAACAUCAGGGUCUUGGAACAUCAAAGAUCCACCUAACUGCUCCUCCCAGGAAAGGGACUUUAUAUUGGUUUUGCAGAUGUCAAAUUUUGGGGGGAGGGCGGGAGGGGUUGUUUGUUUGUUUGUUUGUUUGUUUGUUUGUUUUCUUUUCAGCCUGAACUAUGAGCAAGAAUUUGAGGGGAAUAACUAGUUUCAGUUCCCAACCUUCCCCAUGACUUUCCUUGACCCCUCCAAAAAUCAAAGGACUCAAAAUGAAAAUGCCAAAUUAUAACAGUGAUACUAGUGAUUCUUAUUUUCCUCUUCAUUCUCCUUUAAGAAGUCACUUCUGCUAGCUCACUGUAUCAUCUGUAUGUGGAUACGGAAGAAUAGUGGCAGAUGCAGUCAGUGAAGGAUAAGGAACCUGAGUGGAAGCCCACCAGGGUAUUACUCUCCAAUACAAUAUUUAUGCCUUCUCAUUCAGUACUGUAAGAUGAUCCUGCAAGGCAUCAUGUCACCAUGUCAGGACUGGAGGGGAAAUAUUAAGAACAGAUAUAACACUAUUUCCUCUAGGAGUUUCUAAAUGAACAGGCUUUUAAAAGGAAGAGACACAGUUUCUUACAAGACUGUCUUGAAACAUCACUGACAGUAAAAACCUGUGCUCCAUAAUAGAAGCUCUCUUUAGAAAAAAAAAUAUUAAUAUUUAGGAAUGUUAGCACACAGCAAGCAAGGUCAGAUUUAGGAAACUUCACUGGGGGUACGAGUGCCUCUGUUAUUUUCAUUUAAGUGGGUAGUGCACACCAGAUUAUUUUCUUUCAAAACAAAUCACCAUGGUGCUACAAUUUUUUUUUCUUGAAAUGCAAAGAGGCAUUUUUUUGUGAAUAAAGUGACCUUCCCCAGGGCUGACUUAGUAGCUGGUAGCUUUGUAUGCAGCUCUGGGUGACAAUAUGCUCUAAGGAGAGGACUUCAGUGGCCAGAGGAAACAUUUUUUGGGACACAGGAUAUCCAGUGUGUUCUUGAAAAAAGAAAAGGAGUACUUGUGGCACCUUAGAGACGAACAAAUUCAUUUGAGCAUAAGCUUUCGUGAGCUACAGCUCACUUCUUUGUCUCCCUUGCAAGUUCCACCAUCAUGGGAAUAAAAAAAGCCAGAAGAAGCCAGGACAGCCAAUCGGCAUUGUUUGGGGGUGGCGGGGGGUAAGGAAAAGUGUUUGAAAGUAAGGAAUACAAAUUGAAAUGUUGAUUUUAUAUCUUCUCCCUUUCCAACAUAGUUUGAACAGUAGAGGAAAUAUGUUUAUCAGCAGGAGAUAAACCAGAUGGGCUCCCAAAGACUUUAACAAAAUAUUUUUUUAAAAAUCCACUAGAAUAGAAAAUACAUUAUUUAGAUAUACUUUAUGCUGAGAGUGAGUAUAUAUGCUUGUCCUAUUUAAACGUGAGAAAAGUGGUAACCCUUGAUGCAAUUAGGAAUAUGGGAACUGUUUUGUUUGAUGAAAUUGGGGGGUGACCCUGUUUAAGGAAUCUGAGCAUGGCCAGGAAAGGACUUGAGAAAUCAUUCACCAGGAAAUGCAAGACUUGGGGUUUCUAUUGGUGAGGCUGCCAUGAUCUUUGAAAUCUGAAAUACAGUCAGGGAAAUAUGUCAGGCCAAUAUCAAAACAAAGCCUUUCAAACAAAAACUGAUGAUUAUGAUUAUGUUGAAUGUGGAAAAAAAUGGAACAUGUUCCAACAAAACAAGGGAUUUUAUGUAUUAGUUAAAAAUUAAUAGGGGUUGUUAAUGGGCUUCAUUUUGUGAAAAUGAUUAUAAAUUAAAUUAAAUUAAAAAGAGCUGCUUCCUAGAAUUUUGAACAGUCCAUGAUCCAAAAAAGAGAAAAGGAAAUUGUACACAUGUUAAACUUAAUUGUGGGGUUGCCUGAUACUAUACAGUAUGGAUAUUGAUGCAGAAGCUGCCCUUGAGAUAGAAUCAAGGAAAUUUCUACUAAUAUUGAACACACAAAAUCAAAAACCACAGUCUAGACACUGAAGAAACUCACCAUUUCAUUACGAAAUAGUCAAUACAUUUCUCUUUCUCCAGCAUGUAUAGUUGGUGCACAUGCUAAUAUUUCCUUCAACUAAGAAUUACAGAACUUUGGGGGAGGUGGGCUUAAGGAUGAAAACACACCUUAUAAUAGACAGCAAAAAGAUAAUAUUGCUAGGUAAGCAUAUUUAAAAAGAUUCACAUUGGCUGCACUUAGUCAUACUUAUAUUAAUAGUGCUGAUUUUAUUUCAGAAGUGAAUUUCAUUAUGUUCUAUCAUUUCUCUAUCCAUGACAAUGGACUCUCACAACCGUAGGUGUAGUUUAACUUCUGUAUUGGGGAGGGACAACUCCAGUCAGGACAAUAGGAUUGCAUGUCAGGGGGGAAAUUCCAUGCCUGCCCAGGCUUGCAGUUUGGCAGGGGGCAGAGGCGGAGAAAGGCCCCCCAUCUCCAAAUUAUGCCUAUGCUCAAAAGCCACACUUAUCAACAGAAAACUCUUUUUUCACUAGUGUUUUCCACAGUGAAAUUCAAUCCUUUAUUUUACCACAUUAUCAGCGCUAACUAAAUUAAUAAUAGCAAGACUAUCACAGCUAACGGACAGACUACUACACUACAUAGAACAAUAUAACUGUGAAUUGCAAGCUUACCAGACAUCAGCUUGGAUACUUGAUGGCAUCAGGCAAUCCCAGUCAUAUCAAGUAAGCAAGUGCUGCAAACCAUUGAAUCUUUGUUUUUUGUUGUGCAGAGUUACAAGACUCUGGAAGCUUUGAAGGAUGUUGGUGCAAGUGUAAGCAGCUCUUCCCCCCCCCCCCCCCCCAACACACACAUGCACCCACCCUGUGAAGUCUGAGGGACUAACUAAUUCUGCAACAGACAUCUCUCAGCCCAGAUAGUUCACCCCUGUGACCUGCACUCCUGGUUGCCAAGGGCUUUGCAACGUGAAGCAGGGAAAUAAGGAUCAGUCUGUUUAGUGGAUACUAUGUAUCCUUUAAUAGACAAGGUAACAUUUCGUGUUAGUUUAGAAUAUUGUUUUGUACUGUACUUUCUUGAAUGGCAAAGGAAAGACAAGUAAAACUUAAAAAAAAAGGUAUGUUCUUUAAAUUCUGUAUUUAGCAACCUCUGUUGUAUAUAGUGUUUGAUAAUAAAGUAUUAAUUUGAUUCUUAUGUCUUUUGUAAGUGAGAACAAUAGACUUUCAGGAUAUUAAAAACAUGCAUUGAUUAUAAGACAGAGCUUUGAAGCAUCAAGUGUAAUCAUGGCUGAGAACUGAGUUAUAAGGGGCCAUGACACUGCAUCAUACAGGACUCAUCUGUGAAAACUGUUCACCUGAUCUCAAGACUUCACAAUGUCAAGACCUGGAACAACAUGACUUUUGAUGAUCAAUGUUUUGUCCUCAGUGUUUAAAGGUCUGAUGUUAUAGCGUGUGGUUUUUUGUGUUGGUUUUUUUGUUUUGUUUUGUUUUGGGGUUUUUUAACAUGUUGGUUUCUAAAAGGCUUUGGGGAUCAAAAAAUUCUUCUAUUCCUUUGUUUUCUUUAUUCUUUGUUGUUUUCUGUUUUCCUUCUGUCUUUUCCUUCCCCUCCCUUCAUGGAUAGUUUUUUUCCCCCAGAAGGGAUCUUGCCAGUAUCAUGUGUGACAUGUGCAUGGACUUGAUUCCAAAACAACAAGCAACAGACUUGGGAGAGUCAAAUGUGGAUUAUUUCCUUUCCUGUAUAUUUGUGGAAGGAAAGGGAUUGUAUUUGUACCUGUUGAUUUUUCCUAGAAACUGAACUUUAUCUGUUGCCUCAUGAGAGCAAUUGUUCUUUCAGUUUCAGAAAAUUAGAAAAUAAUUUAAUUUUCCCCCUUCAUCCAUCCACUCAGAUUUGUGCUCACCAGUUUUACUUUACAACUCCUCACUUUACUCCCAUCCCCCUCCACUCCCCCUCUCCCUCGUUUUUUUAAUUUGGAACAGUGAAUGGGCAGAUCUGUUUCUGGUUUGGCAUCACUGAGUUUUUCCCAUGCAUUCGCCCCUGAGCUUCUCGGAUGUGAGACAAAUCUCCCUACAAUAGGCUUGCUGCCAUUGUCUGUACAGUUUAAUAGAUGCUGGCAUGUUGGAGGUUACCCAUGAGUCUGCAAAAUCCGCUUUCCAUGCUUACUCUUGACACCCCAUUGAAGCCACUCAUUGUGUGUGCAUCUGGGUAUGAAAGUCCAGCUCAGUGUGGUCCUGUGCUUGUACUGCCCUGCUUUGCAGUUUCUUUGCACUUAUUCAUUGAGUGCUGUUUUUGAAAUGCUUACAUUAUAUGAACUUAAAAGAAAAUGUUAAAAAAAACAACCCAUAAGAUCUGUAUUUGUAUAUACACGUGUCCGUACAAUUAUACUUAAAUAAAAAUUAAAGAUUUUCAUCAUUUUAA